AUGGAGGAACUACUCGGCUCGUCGCACAAGGAUCCUCCAUCGCAUUUCAGUACGGCUGAACUAGGAACCAUUGAUUGGGGUCCAACGCCCUUGUACUUGGAGAGAGUAUCUGGAUCGUCGGACAACGAUCCUCCCUCCGAGAUCUGCCAUCCCGCCCGCCCGGAGCACAAGCUGAAGCUGAUGACAGACGCUGGCGCGCCGUUCUUGUGCGACGGCUGCAAGGAGCCCGGUUACGGGCCCAGGUACAGGUGCGACUACGGCGGCGGCCAAUCCAUGGACGACCUCCACACGCGUUGCGCACUCGCCGGGGAUCCUCUGGUGCAUCCUCUGUUCGGCUACGGCAAGCAGUUCGAGUUCCGGUUCCUCCAUGAGGCCCCGUCGUCCCCGGUCCACGAGGGCAGGAGGGUCUGCGACGCUUGUGGCGAGGCCACGAGGGGUUUCGUCUACCACUGCUCCGAGCAAGACCUCGACCUCCACCCGUGCUGCGCGGCCCUGCCGGACCGCAUUGUCCUGGACGGCCGUGCCUUCGAUCUCCACCGGAGGGCAUCGCGGCCGUGUGCAUUGUGCCCAGAGAAUGAGGGCCAACGCCGUUGGUUCUGGGCGUACCGCUGCGACGUGGACGGCGAGGCUGUAGACCUGCACGUGGCGUGCCUCAAGGAAACGGCUCGCCGCAGCUGGGAGGCCAACAACCGAAACCAGGACGACGUGGGUGGUGGCGCCCUGAAUGUCGACCACAUGCUUGAGAACAUGUUUGGCGAGAUUGCAGGGACCGUUGCUAGCUUCAUCACGGCGCUGGUUUUUGGGAACCUCAUUGUCAAGAUGUAG